AUGGUUGAAAACUUGGUCGAGCCUCAAUGUGUUCUUAUCACGGGCGGUUGUGGAUUUAUAGGAUCAAAUUUUAUAAAUUUUAUUGCUGAUCGUUGGAAAUCGUCCAGGAUUGUUAAUUACGAUAAGCUAGCAUUUGGUGCCUCUCCUAAUCAUGUGGAGAAACGAGUUCGAGACUCUGGCAGAUACACUUUUGUCGAAGCUCGUCUAGAGGAUCAGGACACACUUGACAGAUGUCUGCACGAGCACCAGGUGGAUAUGGUCAUCCAUUUUGCUGCUAUCACUCACGUAGACGAAUCAUAUACAGAUCGUGUAGGAACGAUACAGGACAACGUCAUUUCAACAACCACUUUACUAGAAAGUAUCAUGAACAGAAACUAUAAGGGGGUAAAACGGCUUGUACACAUCAGUACCGAUGAGGUGUAUGGUGAUUCAUUUGAGGAUGCUACACCAAAGACUGAAAGCUCUUUACCAAAUCCAACGAAUCCGUAUGCUGCAAGUAAAGCAGCUUGUGAAAUGAUUAUUCGUUCAUACUGGCAUUCAUACAAGCUUCCUUACGUUAUGGUUCGUAUGAACAAUGUUUAUGGACCUCGGCAAGCUGGAACUAAGCUCAUACCGAAGUUCACCAAGCUGGCACUAGAGGGCAAGCCGUAUCCUCUUAUGGGAGAUGGGUUGCAUACUAGGAGCUGGAUGUAUGUGGAAGAUUGUUCGGAGGCGAUCAGAAGGGUCGCCGAAGAUGGCCAGUUGGGAGAAGUCUAUAACAUCGGCACGGAUUUCGAGCUGACCAAUAUCGAACUCACCAGAAAGAUACACACUAUUGUCAACAAGUUGCAAAAGCGGAAAGAAUCGCCCCCCUCCUUCAUCCCCGUACCGGACCGACCUUACCACGAUCGUCGAUACUACAUCGAUUUUUCAAAAAUCAAAAAAGCAAUGGGUUGGCAGUGCACGACCCCGUUCGACGAGGGUUUACUGAAAACCAUCGAUUACUACGUAAAAAACAACAAGCACGAAAUCUCGCCUUCGCGUCUGCAUGGAUAA